UCCUAUUGCAUAUUGGACUAAAAACUUAAUGAUGGGUUUUCAAAUCGAGUUCUAAUUAGCGAAAAUGACAAUUCAGUCAUUGAUUUUGAUGGGACUAUUAUCAACUUGAUUGAUAUAUAUUUGUUUGAAGGAACGUUGAUUGCUUCUGUACGCGUGCCAGCUGGAAUAGAGAAAACAACAAAUGAAAGGUUGGGAUUGAAAUGAAGUUCCAUGAAGAGUUGACAUCGAAAUUGGUCUGCUUGAUUUUGACACCUUACCAUACCCGUGGACAAAUUAAAGCAAGGAAAAAAGGGACAUGCAAUUAGGAUUUCAAUAUGUUGAUGGCGGUUCACUGAAUUGGAUCAAAUAUUUUGGCGAGGAGAAAAAAAAUUAAAUCAUCAAAUUAGUUUUCAUAUGUUGUUAAUGUCUUUGUUAAUUAAAGAUACAUUGUGUUGGUGUGUUCCAACCCUAAUUAAAGACCUAAUAAUAACGAACGACACUAUAUAAAGUAGUGGUGUUUUAAGAUAUAAGUUAAACAUGUACAAAAGAUACAAAUUUAGUUUGUACCAUAAAUAAAAUUUGUAUGAAAAUGCAUAAGUAUAAAGUGAACUUCUACCAUAAUGUCAAAGGUACAAGCAGGGGCGGACCCACCUUGUAGCAAGGUGCGUCACCGACCCACCUUGCUCCGAAAUUUUUGUGAGGAACCCACAUUUUUUCGGUGUAAAAAAUUCGUACAUACGGGGCCUCCGACACACCUCCAAUAAUUGUAAUCGACACACCUUAAUCUUAUUAUAUUACAAAAAAACUAUUGUGAUAAUAGUAUUAAAAUAUGUAAAUGUAGGAAUUAUCGGAUUUCAAAUUAGGUAGUUAAGUAGUUGGUUGUACAAGAGUAAACAAUUAAUUGACUACUUACUACGUAGGUAGUGAGUAUUCGGAAAGAUAGCUAUCACCUUAGAGAUAACCUCAAUAAAUUGAAUGAGAAUUAAAUUGAUUAAUAAUCUGGUUGAGUCAAGUAAUUAGAUAGUGAAUUCCAUACUGUCUUUCCCCAUAACUUCUUCCAUGGAUUCUUCUUAAGUUUAACUUUCUACUUGCUUUCUAGUUUAGCUAUUUCUUUAUACGUUGACGCCUAUCGCCGCCAUCCAAUUGUCGGCAUCGAGUCGACGACAUCCUCAUUCUCAUUCAAACUUACACAUUGAUGCCUGUGGCCACCCUUUCAGCUUCUCAUACCAGCUUUCUCAUAUUAAAUUAGUGUUGACUUUACUUAUUGCAAUUAUAAGCUACAAAAUGACAUUUUCCAUAUAUGAGUUUAAUUGAGAAAAAUCUUGGUAUAAGUUGAGUGAUCAAUUUAUGAAUAAUUUUUUAGUUGUGUACAUAAAUAAAUAUUUGAUUUGCAACCUAAUGAGAAAAUGUAAAUAAAUUUUUUUUUUCAGAAUAUGAAAACUUGUCGUGGUUCACUGUAAAAUACUAAAAUUGAUGAACUUCAUGAAUAAAUUUUUUAUGUUUAUUUUAAAUUAAUUAAUUAAAUCUUUUUUAUUGGCCGACACAACUAUACCAAAAUCCUGGGUCCGCCACUGGGUACAAACAGGGGCGUAGCCAGGAUUUUGUCGAGGGUGGGCCCAUUUAGAAAAAAAUACAUAUGAUAAAAUAAUUUUGUUAGCUUUCUAAAUCGUUCAUGAUAUAAUUUUGUAUUUGCAAAAACUUGGUAAAUUAAAUUUUAUGUCAAAACUAACAAGAAUAUCACCAUAUAUGUAUCAAACAAUUAUUUAUGAUUUAGUUAUGCAUUUUCUUUUGAAUCAUGUUCUUCGUCAAGACCGUUGUGUCUCAUUAACUCGAGUUGUUAGGAAAGAUUUAAUAAUGAAUCUAAUACUAUUUAGUAUUUACUAACACUUUCCUGCUUACUACAACCAACUUAUGUGUGCUUAAAGUUUACGUAAAUCCGAAUAUCAUGUGUUUAACAAAUGGGGUUACAAAGAUUCGAACAAAUGAUAUCUCGGUUAACCAUUCUCAAUUAGAAGUGCCCUAAAUUUCAUUAUCAAUUAACUAUUAUACUAAUUUACUCAUUUUCGUCCUUAGGAAACACCUGUUACAAUCUCCCUAUCCCUGAUUGAAAUAAAAUUAUUUUUACAAAUGAAUUAUGAUUUGGUGGAAAUUUGUUGUAAAUAUUAAAUACAUACAUCUUCAAUUUUGGGCGAAUCAUAUACAUCAUUAUCAUUUGUACAUAGCUCGUUAUAAAUGUAUUGAAUAUGUCAAAGCUCAUUAUAAAUCAUACAUCAAAUAUUUCAAAGGUCUACCAAUUUUAUUUAAAUACGUAUUAUUUUUCAUACCCAAUUAACUAUUGUACCUAAUUGACCAUUUUCUAACCCGAGCCAGAGUGGGUCCCGGGACCCACCCUCUAACUGUCUCCCUCCGCCCCUGGGUACAAGGUCAAUCUGUAUAUAAAGGGAUUUGUAUGAAAAUGUCAAAAUGUAUAGCUACAAACUAAAUAUGCACCAUAACAUUAAAGGUACAAGUUCAGUUUAUACCAUAAAUGAAUUUGUAUGGGUACAAACUAAAUUGUACAAUAAUGUUGAAGGCACAAGUUGAAAUUAUACCAUUUUAUUUUAAAUGAAAACAGUGAUGAUAUGAAGCAUUAUAAACUUCCUCAAGAACGACAUGUGUUUUUUUUUACUAAUACAACAAAGAUGCCCACAAAGGCUGGUUAAGUUUGUUAUGUAUUAUAAGAGGUUAAAAGGCUUAACUAUCCAUUUCCAACAACUCGAGUUAUUGGGACUAAGUGGUUAGUUCGCUAACAUGGUAUCAGAGCCUACAAUCGAAAGGUCAUGGUUUCGAAUCCUCAUAACGACCCCCAUUUCAUGCCAAUUCGUUUAGCACAAGGAAUGGUAUGUCCAACCUGUGCAAACUAAAGCCUCGUGGUUUGGUAGCACAAGGGUUCAACCUGUGCAAACCAUAAAAAUCCACAAUUCGGCCUCGGCUUUCGUUUGAGGGGGCGUAUGAGAGGAUGAUAUACGAUUUUUUCUCCAAAGAAUUCUAGUCUGCGAAGUGUUGAAUACUUUUAAGAUCAAGUUUUGCUUCCCAUCCAUGUGUACAUGAUGAAUCUGAAAAUAGUAAUGAUAAGAAAGACAAUAUAUAUGUUCAAAUCCUAGGCUUACAUGAUCAUCUACAAGAGAAAAGAAGAGUUGAAAUGGACUUUUUUUUUUCAUCGCCAUCGCCACCCUAGUUAGAGUCAAAUUCUCAAAAUUGUCAAGAAAAAUUUAAUGCUAACCUACCUACCUGCACCAAAAUGAUGAAGUGAUUCUAUGAUCCCACCAAAGAAUUUGUGGCUUAGAAUCCAUUCAACAUGCACCAAAGUAGUUAGGUUUUGUAGAUAAGGUGUGUGUUUUUUUAUAUAAGUUGGUCAUAGUUCAUAUAUAUUAGGUUACGUUAUCUCUCUAUAUAAGGCCACCCGCUACUUCUUUCAAUUGACACAAACAAACCGUGCAUAUAUGUAACUCGCUUCUUCUAGCUAGCCUUUAAUAUAGACAAGCUCUGUUUUUCAUUCUCCAAAUCAAACCCAUGGGAAACUACGUUGAGAAUUAUGAUUAUCAUCUCAUUGUGAAGAAAUGGGAGCCCGUUUUGGUAACACCAGCCGAGGAGACGAAGAGAGGAAUCUACUUCCUCUCCAACGUCGACGAGGACGAAAACCUAGUCCGUACCAUUUACUGUUAUCAGCAUAGGAACACUAAUGCUAAUGAUCCUUCGGGAGUGAUCAAGAAUGCUUUGAGCAAAGUUCUUGUCCACUACUAUCCUCUCGCCGGCCGGCUGGUGACCACGGCAGACGAGGGGAGGCUCGCCGUGGAUUGCACCGGCGAGGGUGUGUUUUUCGUGGAGGCCGAAGCAAAUUGCUCCUUGGGCAGCAUUGACUUCUCCAAGCCUGAUGCGGAAACACGUGGCAAGUUGGUGUACGAGAUUCCUGGUGUGAAGAGCAUAUUUCAAAUCCCUCCUCUCAUGAUUCAGGUGACCAAGUUCAAAUGUGGAGGGUUUGUGCUGGGAGUCUCGUUCAACCAUCUCAUUGCAGAUGGACAGGCAGCCAUGGAAUUCAUCAACGCAUGGGCAGAAACAGCUCGAGGAUUACCUCUCUCUGUCCAACCUUUCCUCGACAGAACCAUCCUCAAAGCUCGAAACCCACCGAGAAUUGAGUACCACCACGCCGAGUACGACGUCUUAGAAGAUAAGUCAUCAUCGACAAAUAACAAAGAAGAAACCAUCUACGACUACAUCUACAUCAACGAACAAAUGAUCCAAAAGUUGAAGCGACAAAUCGCAGCUGAAAUACACGGGCCUAGUCCUCCAGGGCUCGUACAAUUUUGCAGCUCUUACGAGGCCCUGUCGGCUUUUGCAUGGAGAGCUCGAGCCAAGGCCCUGAAGAUGGCAGCUGAUCAAGAGACCAGAAUCCUGCUUGUGGUGAACACAAGGAACAAGUUCGACCCACCAUUGCCAAGAGGCUACUUUGGCAAUGCGAUCAAGUUCAUUAGUGCUAUAAGCUUGGCUGGUGACUUGGUCGACAAGCCACUUUCUUAUGCGGUUGGUAAAGUUCAAGAGGCGAUCAGAAGCGUUACAGAUAGCCAAUUGAGGUCUGGGAUUGAUUACUAUGAGGUGCAUAGGACCAAAAGACCAAUGGGUUGUACGAUGAUCUCGACUGCUUGGUCACGAUUGGCUUUUGGCUCGACCGAUUUUGGUUGGGGCGAGCCGGUUAUGACUGGACCGGCAGAGCUGCCUGUGGAUGAGGUAAUCAUAUUUCUGGCUCAUCCAAAGGAGAAAGGUAGCUUGAAUGCGUAUGCAGGGCUGCCAUCUUCUGCAAUGAGGAUUUUUCAAAAGUUGUGGCAAGAAAUCAUCUAGAAAUUGAUGAUGAUUAUGAGAUAUCUUCUCGCAUGGAUUUACAUAUUGUCAUGAACUUCUAUCUCUUUUGUUCCUUCUUUCGCUAAACCCUUUUUCUUUCUCUUGGUGUGUCUCUCUAUGGAGUUAAAGUAUUGUUGUUAGUUUCAUGAGUGCCCUGUAAAAUAUGUUAUUUUGAUUGAUUGCUUCCCAUGAUUUGAGUAAUUUGUAUGUGAGAUUAUAAUUAAGAAGAUCAAUAAAAUUAUUGACACCUAUUUACGACUAUAUAAGCGGUUAAAUACAUAAAAAGAUUGCUUGGUGAUAUGAUGAAAUAACUAAUAAUGAUACUAUAUGUGUUUCGACCCCAUGAUAUUGAUAGCAUUAAUGAUAAGUAUCUGUGGUAGAUACAGUUGUGAACACAAAGAAUACUUGCCAAAGUCACAUUUUUCCAUAUAAAUGUUGGCAGAUCGAUCGAUGAUAAUGAUAUCUCACUAUCUUCAUACAACAACCCUCGCCAACCAAGGUUUUUUGUGCAACACUCCAUCGAUAUUCAGUGGCUAAUUGGCUACCCUAGCUAGCUAUGUAAGCUACUCUCCUCCCAAUUCAUUCCAUAAACAAUUAUAUAUCUCGUCGCCUAGGAGUGACUAUAUGGUCUGGUCCGGUUGAAUUGGCCAAAUUGAUCCGGAAUCAGUCCGAUCUUUUCGGGAAUAUAAGGAGCAAAAAUUGGAUUGGAUACAGUCCGGUCUUGAUCCGGUCCUGUUUUGACCGUCCGGUCCCAAUUCGGUCUUGAUUUUAGAUUGAGUUUGUGAGAAUUUUAGUGGCCUAAGGCCUGAAAGGGUGAGGAGUUGGUUAGGUUUUGAGUGUUGGGCUCUCUUAUACGGUCUUUAUCCGAUUUUCGAUCCGGUCCUGUACGGAUUUUUACCUCAAAUCUAAGCCCAAAAAUGAGAUUGGAUUGUUUGCUAUCAUGUGCCGGUCCGAUCUCGAUCCGAAUUAUACGGUCCAGUUUCGGAUAAAACCAAAAAGUACGGACCAAAUAGCCACCCCUAGUCUCACCACUACAUUUCUUCUUAUCAACUCGAUAUAACUUCUCAUACUACUUACUCGGCAACUUGAUAUAACCAUCUUGGUUCCAGUCAGCAUCAGCUCACAUGUGUAACGAUCUACAGUAAUAUAUCACAACUCAUACUACUUGCAUGGUAGACUUUCUUUUUUUAUUUUGACAAAUUGGGGCACUUUCAUUCCAAAUCGAAACAAUGGAAAUACAGUUGAUUACAACAAAGGAGACAACAAAUUGGCAAAAAUGAUCCAAUCUCGUGGGAGAGCACCUAAUCUUGCAUUACGAGCAACCCAGUCGGCCAACUGAUUGUGACGUCUAGGAACAAACAUCACUUUCACCCACGGAGCCGAGACGAGAAUGGUCGAGACACGAGCAAGUAAAGCUUUCCCCAAGGCCACUGGUCCGGAACAAGCUUAAGAGCAUUCACCAAAAUCUGACAAUCAGAUUUGACACAAGCUGAGCGUUGUUCCCGAGCCGCCAAUGUCACUCCACUGAGAAUAGCAUAAGCUUCCGCCUGCAUCGAAUUGGAACAAAAGAAUCUCUCAACCUUGCCGUCAUGGUAGACUUUCGAAGAGAGAAAAAAAACCCAAUAAUUUACUAGAAAUUCA